AUGUAUGAAGGAGAGUGGGUGUGGGAUGAUUCUUAUCCUCUCUAUGAUUCCUCAGCCUGUCCUCACAUUCGUUCUGAAUUUAACUGCUUGAAAUUUGGUCGUCCUGAUCAUCUUUACCUCAAAUACAGAUGGCAACCCACCCUCUGCAACUUGCCAAGAUUUGAUGGGAAAGAUUUCUUGACAAAACUUAAGGGGAAGAAGAUCAUGUUUGUAGGAGAUUCAGUCAGUCUCAACCAAUGCCAAUCACUUAUUUGUUUGCUUCAUUCUUCUGUGCCUGAAACUCCAAUAUUAAACCCGGGCUAUUUGAAUGGGUCUUACUACACAUUCCCGGAGUAUAAUGUUUCAGUGAUUGUUUUUCAUUCUACACAUUUGGUUGACAUUGAAGUGGAAAAAAUUGGUCGAGUCCUGAAGCUUGAUUCCCUAAAGAGUGGAAGCAUAUGGAAAGACAUGGACAUUUUGGUUUUCAACACUUGGCUUUGGUGGUACCGCAGAGGACCUAAGCAACCAUGGGAUUAUGUUCAAAUAGGUGACAAGAUAAUGAAAGACAUGGAUCGCAUGGAAGCUUUUAAAAUUGGUUUGACAACAUGGGCUAAUUGGGUCGAUGCAGAGGUAGAUACAAACAAGACCAAAGUUCUUUUCCAAGGAAUUUCUCCCUCCCAUUAUGAGUAA